AUGUCCCUGCAGAAGACCCCCGCGUGAGGAGCGAGACCGGCACGAGACGGCUCUCCUGGAGGUCUGCGUAGAGGGUCGGUCUGUCGCUCAGCUGCCUCAGAGAUGAAGCCGUGGAUGCAGAGGAAGAAGCGCUGCUGCUACCCCUACAGCUCUGCCCCCUGUACCCCGCCGGGCACACCAUGAUCCUUCCCACCCAGCCGCUCUCUCUGGGGCUCCCUGAUAGACACCCCCGGCUCGGCUGAGGGAUGGCCUCUUUGGAUCUUCCUUAUCGUUGCCCGAGGUGUGGGGAGCACAAACGUUUCCGGAGUCUGUCUUCUCUGAGGGCCCACCUGGAAUACAACCACACGUACGAGACGCUCUACGUCUUGUCCAAGACAAAUAGUAUCUGCGAUGCCGCCAUCUUUCCCUUAACCAGCGAGACGGCCCUGCUUACCCCGGCCCACCGCAGGGAGGUGUUUGAGAGCACGUCGUUCCAGGGAAAGGAGCAGAGGUUCUCCAGGGACGCGGUCCAGCCCGAGGACCCGAGUCCAGCAUCUUCGCGUUACCCGCAGGAGGUAGACAUUCCCCUCGGGGAGAUAUUCACCAAGACCACGAUGGCAUCUCACUCCCCGCCGCCUGCCGCCGUGGCUGCCGCAGCUGCCGCCUCGGCCGCCGUGGACGCCGCCUAUGAGGAGGGCCUGGCAAGGUUAAAAGUGAGGGCGUUUGAGAAGCUGGAGGUGGACAAACGCCUGGAGAAGCUGACCGAGGAGGUCGAGCAAAAGAUAGCCACCCAGGUGGGCCGACUGCAGGUGGAGCUGGAGAGGAAGAGCUCGGAGCUGGAGAAAGCCAAGCAGGAGAGCGUCAGGCUGGGCCGGGAAAAGCAGGAGUUGGAGGACAGAGCGUCGGAGCUCACGCGCCAGGUGGACGUCAGCGUGGAGAUGCUGGCCUCCCUCAAACAGGAUCUGGUGCAGAAAGAGCAGGAGCUGACCAAGAAGCAACAGGAGGUGAUGGAGAUAGACUUAUUCCUGAAGGAGACGGCGAGCCGUGAGGCCAACGCCAAAGUGCGUCUGCAGCAGUUCAUCGAGGAGCUCCUGGACCGGGCCGACAGAGCCGAGAAACAGCUCCAGAUCAUCAGCAGCUGUGGCAGUACCCCCAACGGCAGCUUGGGGCGCUGCAGCGUCCCCGGGUACAAGGUGCAGCCCAGGCAGCGGGACAGGAACCCCGGCCCAGGCUCAGCUGCCCACAGCUCGUAUUCAGCCGCCAAUCCAAGGACCUCCUCGAGUGUUGGGGCCCCUGGUAGAGUGAAGACCGUCUCCCAAAGCUCAGGGGGGUACGACAGCGACGUCGCAGAACAAGCGGCAGCGGACGAGGCCUCGGACGGCCCGCGCUUCACGAGGAACAACUCGGGCUUGGAGAGCAGCUUUGAAAGAAAUAACAAUACCCCGAGCUCCGGCCUUCGCAGGCAGGCUAUCCAGAACUGGCACCGCCGGCCCUACCGGAACAGUACAGAGGGGGAGGAAGGGGACAUUUCGGACGUGGGAUCCAGGACCACGGAAUCUGAGGCGGAAGUUUGGGAACACGAGAGCGUCGGCUCUGCGGAGCUCAGGGUGUCGGGAGGCAGCCGGGCAAAAGGACGUUGCGACGGGAGGAUGCAGAGACCAGAGAAGGGGAGUCCAUCCCGAUCGAAUGAGGUCAUCAGCCCCGAAAUCCUGAAGAUGCGGGCGGCCCUGUUCUGCAUCUUCACCUACCUCGAUACCAAAACCUUGCUGCGGGCGGCGGAGGUCAGCAGGGACUGGAAGUUUGUGGCCCGGCACCCGGCCGUGUGGACCCGGGUGUUCCUGGAGAAUGCGAGGGUGUCUCCGAAGUUCUUGGUCACGCUGUCUCAGUGGUGCACUCAGACUCACUCCUUGACCCUUCAGAACCUCAAACCUCGUCAGAGAGGAAAGAAAGAAACCAAGGAGGAAUACAUGAAAAGCACACGGGGAUGUCUCGAAGCCGGCCUGGAGUCGCUGCUCAAAGCGACAGGCGGGAACCUUCUGAUCCUGCGGAUCUCUCACUGUCCCAAUAUCCUGACCGACCGGUCCCUCUGGCUGGCCAGCUGCUACUGCCGGUCACUGCAAGCCGUCACAUACAGAAGUUCGACGGACCCCGUCGGGCACGAAGUGAUCUGGGCUCUGGGGGCCGGCUGCAGAGACAUCAUUUCCCUCCAGGUGGCGCCGUUGCACCCUUGCCAACAGCCCACGCGGUUCAGUAACCGAUGCUUGCAGAUGAUUGGACGCUGCUGGCCACACCUCCGGGCCCUUGGUGUUGGAGGAGCCGGCUGCGGAGUGCAGGGUCUCUCUUCUCUAGCUCGGAACUGCAUGCGGCUGCAGGUGCUGGAGUUGGAUCACGUCACCGAGAUCAACCAGGAGGUGGCCGCCGAGGUCUGCCGUGAGGGGCUGAAGGGGCUGGAGAUGCUGGUCCUGACCUCCACGCCGGUGACGCCAAAAGCCCUCCUGCAUUUUAACAGCGUCUGUCGCACCCUGAAGUCCAUCGUGGUGCAGGUGGGCAUCGGGGAUUACUUUAAAGACCCCAGCAGCCCGGAGGCCAGGAAGCUCUUUGAGGAAAUGGUGAACAAACUACAGGCUUUGAAGAAGAGACCUGGUUUCUCCAAGAUCCUACACAUUAAAGUAGAAGAAAGCUGCUAGCCCCACGCUCUUCUGAAACGGACACUUUAUGAUCUUGAGGUCUCCGGAAGGCUCCGACGUCCCGAGUCCGCCGAGCGAGUCUCCCCGAGGGAAACGCCACCUGUUUGCCAAAUACACACUUCUAGGAGCGCGUCCCAGACCUCCUCGCGGAAGAACAAGAAGGGCUUGAAGGAAACUGGAGUCGCCUCCUUCAGCCACGGCGGGGACUCCAAACUUCAGGGUUCUUUAGUGAAACUUUUCUGCUCUUGCGCGUCCGUUAUGAGAAGUCGCCAAGAAACGCAGCAUCAAGCUCAACCACGGCGGCCCCAAAAACAUGUAGCGAUAUAAACGUUUCUAUCGAGCAUCGGAGAAAAACGUCACAUGAUCAUCGUCAUAAUUAUUAUUAUUAUUUGUGUUUUUGUCAAGUGAGAUAUACGUAUAAAUCUGUAUAUUAAUAUAUA